AUGGCCAGUCUCGUCGGCGAGCGCGCGACUCACGCGUUUCUCGUACCACGAGCAUCAGCUAGCAGCAACACAGGAAGCCAUCGAGACUCAGGCUCCUCGGUAUCAGCGCUGCUGUCGACAUUGAUCCCCGUCCUCGCCGUCUCGGCAGUCCUCUUCAUCGCCUUCCUGAUCUUCCAGAAGAAAUAUGAGCGUGUCUACGGCCCUCGAACAUACCUUUCAUCGCUUCGCAACUGGCAGAAGUCGCCCAAGCGCACAGCUGGUCUCCUAGGAUGGAAGUCGGAGUACCAGCAACUCAAGGAUGAGUUCGUCCUCGGCCACUCGUCCAUCGACAACUACCUCUGGCUGCGCUUGUUCAAGAUGCUGGCUAUCAUGUGCUUCGUGGGAGCUGUCAUCACCUGGCCUAUCCUGUUCCCUGUCAAUGCGACGGGCGGCGCGCCAGGUGUCAACGGCUUGGACAUUCUCUCAUUCAGCAAGAUCCAGCCAGGUCCACGAUACUAUGCGCAAGUUUUCGUCUCAUGGAUGUUUCUCGCUUUUGUCAUGUUCCUCAUCACGCGCGAGGCCCGCUACUGUCUGCGUCUGCGCCAGCAGUAUCUUGCCUCGCCUUACGAGAAGAGUCGCAUCUCCAACAAGACGAUCCUGUUCGUCAAUGUCCCCCAGGAGGCGCGCAAUGAGGAGUACCUGCGCAAGGAGUUCUCAGACGUCAAGCAUGUCUGGCUGGUCUCCGUGCCCGAGGAUCUGGCCAAGAAGGUCGAGGAGCGUGACAAGGCCGCGGCGAAGCUCGAGAAUGGCGAGAUCAAGUUGAUCAAGAACCACAUCAAGAGGGAGAACAAGCGCGCAAAGAAGGAGGCAAAGGGCAAGCUCGAGCCACGCAGGGUCGAGGAGGGCCGCGAACACAUUGUCAACGUCGAGCAGAAGGAUCGCCCAACACACCGUCUGCCCAAGUUGAAGUUCCUCCCAAUCGGCAAGAAGGUCGACACCCUCGACUGGUCUCGCGGCGAACUCCACCGUUUGAUCCCAGACGUCGCAAAGGAGCAAAACGAGGCCCGCACCGACAAGUCCAACGUUGGAGGCGCCUGCUUUAUCGAGUUUGAGUCCAUCUACGCCGCUCACACGGCGCUGAACCAGGCAGGUCUCAAGAACAAGGCCAAGUUAACACCCAAGGAUAUCGGAACGCCGCCGCAGAACGUCAUCUGGAAGAACGCCGUCAAGCCCUUUGCCAAGUUCCAGCUGUUCAACAUCCUUUGCUCUGCAUUUGUGUGGUUCCUCUGCAUCUUCUGGACGAUUCCAGUUGCGGUCAUUGGUGCCAUUUCGAACAUCAACUACCUCACGGACAAGGUGCCUUUCCUCAGCUUCAUCAACCACAUCCCGAAGGUCAUUUUGGGUGUUGUGACUGGACUGUUGCCGGUCAUCCUGCUCUCCAUCUUGAUGACUCUGGUUCCGAUCGUCUGCAAUAUCCUCGCGAAACUCUACCAGCCGACUCAAGCCAGUGUACAGAUGAAGGUUCAGGGCUGGUACUUCCCCUUCCAGGUCAUUCAGGUCUUUUUGGUUACCACCUUCGCAUCAGGAGCAUCGUCUGUGGUGACUUCCAUCAUCAACCAGCCGUCUCAGGCGCCGACUCUCCUGGCAACGAACUUGCCCAAGGCUUCCAACUUCUACAUCUCGUACUUCAUCCUGAUCGGGGUCAACACGGCGGUGAUGCAACUGCUGCAAGUCGUGCCUCUGCUAUUCGUGUUGUUCCUAGGCAAACUUCUCGAUACAACGCCCAGGAAGAUGUUCAACCGAUACGUCAACCUUGCAGGGCUCGGAUGGGGCUCACUCUAUCCUGUGUACACGAAUCUGGGAGUCAUCGCUCUGUCCUACUCUACCAUCUCGCCUUUGAUCCUUGGCUUCGCCGCGAUUGGCUUCACCCUCCUGUACGCCGCCUUCCGCUACAACGCUCUCUUCACUCUCGGCACCACGGUAUCUACGAACGGCAGGUCUUAUGCGCGGGCAUUGCAGCAGCUCACCACUGGUAUCUACCUUUCAGAAGUCUGCCUGAUUGGACUGUUUGCCAUUGGUGUGGGUCAGACCAACCAAGCCAUUGGACCACUCGUUCUGCAAGUCAUUUGGCUGGUUGCCACAAUCGUUUGGCACGUGUGGUUGAACAGGUCGCUCAAGAAGAUGGAGCAGACCCUGCCAGAGGACGAGGUCGUCGAGAGGAUUGCGCAACAAAACCAGGACGUCGAGAAGGCUCCCAAUGGCGAGUCCACCAAGGCGGUAGACUCGCUGGAUGGUCGAAACGACUCCAUCGUCAAGCACCCUUCGACCGACAACCCUAACAAUGAGCGCGGGUUCAUUGGUCGUGUCAAGGGAUACUUCUUCCCUUCGACGUCGGCUUCCACUGCCAUCUGGUCCAUUGCGCCACAUCUCACCUCGCCUGUUCGCGAGUACACCCCUAAAGAACGCGAGGAAGCAUACAUGCACCCUGCGAUCAUCUCAGAUCCCCCAUUCGUUUGGAUCGCGAGGGACAAGUACGGUCUUUCAAAGCAGGAGAUUGAGGCUUCCACGAAGGAGGUCGGCGAGGGUUUGGAGAUUACUGAUGAAGGCGCGACGUUUAAUGAGAAAGGCAAGGUGGAGUGGAACCAGGAAGACGUCAAGUCGGCACCUCUGUGGGAGGAUGAGGUCGUAUACUAA